UGCUAACCCUCUACCAAAAAAUCCACCGUGCUCGGCGGCAAUGGGGAAGAGAAUGAGACGCGGCGGCCGAUCGCCAGCGUCAUCCUACUCCGUCCUCAACCGCGAGGAACUCCGCGAUCACAUCGUCGCCGCGAAGCUCGACUCCUCCUUCGACGUCACCGCCGUCGUCAAUCACCUCCGCUCCGAUUAUCCCCACUACUCCCGCAUUAAGGUCCAGCCUUUCACACGCCUCGUCCAGGAAACCCUAGAUUUCCUUCACCAAACCCAAAAAUCAUCUUCCUCCAAUGACGACGAUGAGGUCAACCGAAGCACUAAAUGUAGGAACCCUAACCCUAGGAGGACCGAUGAGUCGGAGAGGAGAUUGCUUCGCGCUGAGGCUGAGCAUGUACGGAAACAGAAGCGCAAGAUCCACCAAGCUGAUCCAUCUGAUGCCUCGACGGCAGGCUCGACCUCGACCUAUGAAUCUGAUGACGACGAUGCCAUAUUCGAGGCGAAGGUCGAUCCAGAAUUUGACCUAAUGAAGUCCAUGCUGAGGGAUAACUAUGGCAAGAAGUCAAAACCGCAGAAAGAGGAUGAAAACCUAGAAAUUGAAGCUUCUGCUGGGAAGAAGAGGAUGGUUAUAGGUGAAAAUUUAGCAAAGGUGGAGUCUUCGAUGAAGGGAGGGGUAAUAAGAAGGGAAGGAACUAGGUUUGAGGAUCUUGGCGGGAUGAAGGAUGUUUUGGACGAGUUGCAGAUGGAGGUGCUCGUGCCGCUUGUUCAUCCGGAGCUGUUGAAGAGACUAGGAGUCCGUCCGGUUGCCGGAAUUUUGCUGCACGGGCCGCCAGGUUGUGGGAAGACGAGGCUUGCGGAGGCCAUUGCAAAUGAGGCUGGUGUCCCCUUUCAGAAAAUCUCUGCUCCUGAAUUCAUUUCGGGUGUCUCUGGUGCUUCUGAAGAAACUAUAAGAGACCGUUUCAAAGAGGCAUACAGAACUGCUCCAUCAAUCAUAUUCAUUGAUGAGAUAGAUGCAAUUGCUUCCAAGCGAGAAAACCUGCAAAGGGAGAUGGAACGGCGGAUAGUAACACAGCUUAUGACUUGCAUGGAUGAAUCACAUCACACUCAGUCAUGUGAUGAUUCCCAGACAGAAACAUCUGAGAAGAAGCCUGGUUAUGUUCUUGUAAUCGGAGCAACAAACAGACCAGAUGCACUUGACCAAGCUUUGAGGAGACCUGGACGGUUUGAUCGUGAGAUUUCUCUGGGUGUACCUGAUGAAAAUGCACGGCUAGAGAUCCUGUCAGUUCUUACUCGGAAAUGCAAUCUUGAGGGUGAAUUCAAUCUUAUGAAGAUAGCAAGGGCUACUCCAGGUUUUGUGGGAGCUGAUUUGAACGCACUGGUGAACAAAGCUGGCAAUCUGGCAAUGAGAAGAAUAAUGGAGAAGAGGAAAUCUGGAUUUCAAGAGGGAAAAACAGAUGACUGGUUGCGGCAACCAUUGUCCCCUGAAGAACUAGCGAGCAUUAAUGUUACAAUGUCUGAUUUUGAGGAAGCCACUAAAAUGGUUCAACCCUCUUUAAGACGUGAAGGAUUUUCCUCAAUACCUAACACCAAGUGGGAGGAUGUUGGUGGUCUCAACUCUUUGAGGAAAGAGUUUGAUCGCCAUAUUGUUCAACGCAUAAAGAACCCUGAGGAUUAUGAGGAACUUGGUUUGAACCUGGAGGUUGGCUUCUUGCUUCAUGGACCUCCUGGUUGUGGUAAAACAUUGAUUGCCAAGGCUGUUGCAAAUGAGGCAGGCGCCAAUUUCAUACACAUCAAGGGUCCUGAACUUCUGAAUAAAUAUGUUGGAGAAAGUGAGCUGGCAGUUAGAACAGUAUUUAGCCGUGCUAGAACAUGCUCCCCUUGCAUACUUUUCUUUGAUGAGGUGGAUGCUUUGACAACUAUGCGAGGAAAAGAUGGAAACUUUGGGGAUCGGCUCCUCAACCAGCUACUCAUAGAGCUAGAUGGUGCAGAUCAGAGGAGAGGCGUCUAUGUCAUUGGAGCUACAAACAGACUGGAGGUUAUGGAUCCUGCUGUCUUACGACCAGGGAGAUUUGGUACAAUUCUUUAUGUUCCUUUACCUAGCAUUGAAGAGCGUGGAUUGAUCCUCAAAGCACUUGCUCGUAAGAAGCCUGUUGCUAUUGAUGUGGAUUUGGAUGCGUUGGGACGUUGCGAGGCAUGCCAUAAUUUCUCUGGUGCUGAUCUUUCGGCCUUGAUGAAUGAAGCUGCCAUGGCUGCUUUGGAAGAGAAACAAAUGACUUUGGAGGACAGCAGUUCAUUUACUAGACCGUUAGUAAUUGAGACAUCACAUUUUGAGAAAGCUCUGGUGAAGGUUGGUCCGUCUGUUUCAGAAAAGCAAAGGAUUUACUAUGAGGCCUUGUCAAGGAGCCAUAGAUCAGCUUGAUUUGAGGAACUUGGAAAAUCAAUCCCAAAUGUGAGUCCUGGAAUGGCCAAAUUGCAAAUUAUUGUGGUCCUUUAUAGUAAUAUCGAAGGCAAAAAUUCCGUGCAGCUACAAAGUUUUGUUCGUAUAAAAAGCAAUUUUUUAUAGUGAUGUAAAUUAUGUAGGAGAGUUUAAGAUUUUGAUAUAAUUGAAUGUACUUCGAAAUAUGUAUGUACUGUCGUACUGAGAAAUGCAAUUUUGAUUCACUCGAGAA